UAGAUGAAGAUGCGGCUGCCAUAUCGCAAUAAGAAGGUCACCCUUUGGGUGCUGUUUGCCAUAAUUGUUGUCACCAUGUUCCUAUUCAAAUUCACCGAGUUGCGACCCAACUGUCUCUUCAAGCUGGAUGCCACAAACGAUUUGGCAUCGCAAAUGGUGCACGUAGAGAAAUACGUCACAGAUGACAAUCAACGCGUCUAUUCAUACAACCGUGAGAUGCCAUUAAUAUUCAUAGGCGGUGUGCCCAGAUCUGGUACGACAUUAAUGCGCGCCAUGCUCGAUGCUCAUCCCGAUGUGCGCUGCGGGCAGGAGACGCGCGUCAUUCCGCGCAUUCUGCAGCUGCGCUCGCAUUGGCUAAAGUCCGCGAAGGAGUCGCUGCGACUGCAGGAGGCGGGCAUCACCAAGGAGGUCAUGAAUAGCGCCAUCGCCCAGUUCUGCCUCGAAAUCAUUGCGAAGCAUGGCGAACCGGCGCCGCGUCUGUGUAACAAGGAUCCGCUCACACUCAAAAUGGGUUCCUAUGUUAUCGAGCUAUUUCCCAACGCGAAAUUCCUAUUCAUGGUGCGCGAUGGACGGGCGACGGUUCAUUCGAUUAUAUCCCGCAAGGUGACAAUCACCGGCUUCGAUUUGGCCAGCUAUCGUCAGUGCAUGGAGAAGUGGAAUCAUGCCAUCGAGCUGAUGCACGAGCAGUGCCGUGACAUCGGCAAGGAGCGCUGCAUGAUGGUUUACUACGAGCAGCUGGUGCUGCAUCCAGAGGAAUGGAUGCGAAAAAUCUUGAAAUUCUUGGAUGUGCCAUGGAACGAAGCUGUGCUGCAUCAUGAGGAAUUUAUUAAUAAGCCCAAUGGAGUGCCGCUGUCCAAGGUGGAAAGGUCGUCGGAUCAGGUUAUCAAGCCGGUCAAUCUGGAGGCGCUGUCCAAGUGGGUCGACCAAAUACCGAGCGAUGUGGUGCACGAUAUGGCCAACAUAGCGCCCAUGCUAUCCGUGCUGGGCUACGAUCCGUAUGCGAAUCCCCCGGACUACGGUAAGCCAGAUGCAUGGGUGCAGGACAAUACAUCUAAGCUAAAAGCCAACCGCAUGCUGUGGGAAAGUAAAGCGAAGCAAGUGCUGCAGAUGGAUACCAAGCCAGAUGAGACAGAUAAUACCAACAACAACAACAAUAACAACAACAAUAAUCAUAAUAAUGAAGAUAAUGCCAUUGACAAGAACAGCGACAACAACAACAAUAACAACAAGAAUAUCAAUAAAAUGCCAGAGCAACAACAGCAACAACAACAACAACUUCAAGCGGCUGAACAGGAUCUGGAGCAGGAACUACAACAGCAACAACAACAACAGCAACAGGAGGAACAAGAGCUAGAGCAGGAACAGGAACAGGAGCAGCUGUUGCAGUCAAAACAAAAGCCAAAGGAUGUCAUAACGAUAAAGCAGCUGCCGUCUAACUACAACAACAACAACAACCACAACGAGAAGAAGAAGCUGAAGCACAACAGCAACAACAACAACAACAAGCAGUAUGCCAUCGGUGCAUUGGAGGAUACAUGAUAUCCGCAUAUACCCAUCAGAUUACCACGCGGCAGGCAUUGAAGCACACACAACACGAGAUGACAAAGCACACACAAACACACACACACACAGACAGACACACACAACCAUAAAUUUGCAAUUGUAUUAGAGUAUUGCAUGUGUGCACCAAAAUGCAGCAAACAUACAUGACUAUCUAUAUAUAUAUACACACACACAGAUAUAUAACUACGCAGAGAUGUAUGUGAUGUAGCUGAUGAUGUACACAACAAAAAAAAAAAAAACAAAAAAGAAAUCAAGUUGCAGCCACCUAAAGAACUAUUAAAUCGAUUACAAAUAAAACCAAAUGGUUGCUAACGCUCCACUUAAGUACUCUACUCUAUCCCAGACCCUCAUUCCCCUACCCCCCCCCUCCCUCUCUCCCCUAACUAGCUUUAGCCCUUUAUAUAUACCUAUAUAUGAUAUAUAUGAUGUAUGUAUAUGUAACUAGCAUAUUUUAGCUUUUUUUAUACAACGCCUUUGGCACUUUUUCAAUACUUUUUUAUACGUGUUCUAUAUAUACAUUUUUUUUUUGUGUAUUCAUAAAUUGUAAUUUAGUUUUUUUUAUUUUUUUUUUGGAUUGUACAGAAAAGCAGGCUCAGUUUUUUGUAAAGUUAUUUCCGUUUUCGGGUGCCAGAAUCUCAACCUGCAAGCUCAAAGAAUAGUUUUUAAAAACAAAUUUUGCCCUGAUUUUAAAAUAAAUGAAAAUCUACUAUUAAAAAUGAAUAUAUAUAUUUAUAUAUAUUUAAAAGAACAAGAAAAAAAAACGACAGAAGAGAGCUUUUAAACUGGAAAAUAAAUUUCGAAACGAUUUACAUGUAGUCGAUGUUAUACAAAGUGAAAGUGAAAGUGAAAGUUUUGCUUGCGAUUUUCGAGAGCCUUUAACUUCGUUUUUAUAUAGAUAAAAAAAAAAAAAAAAACAGAAAGUACUAUAUAUAAAUAAAUGUGUUUUGUUGCAAUAAAUUGACUGAAUGUAUAAUACAUGGAUAUAUAUACAUAUAUAUAUAUCAACUAUAUAUAAAAAGAAAACAAACAAAUAUAUAUAUACAUAUGUACUAUAUAAACAUACUACGCAUAACGUAUAUGAGUGUCUAAUGUAAAUGUUAAUGGAAAACACACACACACACUAACAAACACAAACUCACACACACACACAGGAUUACGCAAAAUAAACAUAAAUAAAAUAAAAGGCGAAUAGGCUUAAUAAGUAUCUAAGAGCUGUUGACAUUGUAAGGCUUAGUUUAAUUAACAAUAAUAAUGCGAGUCUAUCUUCCGUAUGUAUUGUUUUAGUAGGCAGUGUGGCCCACACACACACACACACACACACAUAGCACUCUGUCCGUCCGUAUGCGUAUCUGUGUGUGUGUGUGUACGACAGAGAUGGCAAGCAUGUAAUUACCGUUAGCUGUUAGCUUUUAGCAUAAUUUUUUUUUUCCUUUUUUUUUGUGUGUCUUUUAACUAAAUAAUUCAUUGCGCUUUGUUGAAAAGAAAAAAAAAGAAUUGCUGACAAUAAAAGUUAAAUAAAAAAAAUACAAAAAAAAAAAAUAAAUAAAGUUUGCAAGGAGACA